AUGACACGUGGGGGAUUUAGACGUGGAUUUCUGCAUUUACAAAGAUGCUCCUCUCCCUCCUGUAGCCACCACCGCCAGACCCCCCCACCGCCGCCACCGCCGAACCCCCCGCCGCUGCCACCGCCAGCCCCACGUACCCACCACCAGCGCCGAAACCCCCACCGCCAACCCCACAACCAAGCGCUCAACACCCACUGCCGCCGAAACCGCCACCUACACCGCCAGCUCAACACGGCCAACAUCAGAACCAAACCCCACACCUCCAACAUCACAACCAAACCCUACACCGCCAAACCCUACACCGCCAACAUCACAACCAAACCCUACACCUCCAACAUCACAACCAAACCCUACACCGCCAAACCCUACACCGCCAACAUCACAACCAAACCCUACACCGCCAAACCCUACACCGCCAACAUCACAACCAAACCCUACACCGCCAAACCCUACACCGCCAACAUCACAACCAAACCCUACACCUCCAAACCCUACAACGCCAACAUCACAACCAAACCCUACACCGCCAAACCCUACACCGCCAACCCACAACCACACCAAACCACCAAACCCAACACCGCCAACCCCAGCUCAACACGGCCCACAUCAGAACCAAACCCCACACCACUAAACCCAACACUGCCAGCCCCACAACUGCCAGUUCCACAUUCCCCACACCGCCAAACCCUACACCUCCAACCCCACAACCAAACCCUACACCGCCAAACCCUACACCGCCACCCACAACCAAACACUACACCGCCAAACCCUACACCGCCAACUCCCACAACCAAACCCUACACCGCCAAACCCUACACCGCCAACCCCACAACCAAACCCUACACCGCCAAACCCUACACCGCCAACCCCACAACCAAACCCUACACCGCCAACCCCACAACCAAACCCUACACCUCCAAACCCUACACCGCCAACCCCACCACCAACAUCAUAACCAAACCCUGCACCACCAACCCCACAACCAAGAGUUGUUGCUUUUCUGUUUCUCGUCUGGUGAUUUUUCUGCCGCGAGACACAAAAUAA